GGAACCAGGAAGCGGGGCCUCCCUGAGCACAGAGGAGAAAACUGCGGUCCGCGAUGGCUCAGUCGGUCGGUGCAGAGUCGCGCAGCUGGUUCGGGCGCAGCCCCGACUGCGAGAGUGAGGCACGUGGGCCCCGCAGACCGGGCCUCCGAGGACAUCAGGCUUAAGACCCGUCGGCCUCCCUCCAGCCCCUCGAAAAGGCAAGAAGAGCCUGUGCUGUGCCCCCCUGGCUUAAUCAUGGCGAAGCUGGAGACACUGCCCGUGCGCGCUGAUCCAGGGCGGGAUCCUCUCCUGGCCUUUGCCCCGCGGCCCUCUGAGCUCGGCCCCCCAGACCCUCGCCUUGCCAUGGGUAGCAUGGGCAGUGGGGUGGCCCAUGCCCAGGAGUUUGCCAUGAAGAGCGUGGGCACCCGUACAGGGGGUGGGGGCAGCCAGAGCAGUUUUCCUGGCCCCCGAGGCAGUGGCAGUGGGGCCAGCAGGGAGAGGCCCAGCCGCUACCCCUCAGAGGACAAGGCUCUCGCCAACUCCCUCUACCUCAAUGGCGAGCUGCGGGGAAGUGACCAUACAGAUGUCUGCGGCAACGUGGUAGGCAGCAGUGGUGGCAGCAGCAGCAGCGGCGGUAGUGACAAGGCUCCACCACAGUACCGUGAGCCCACUCACCCACCUAAACUCCUGGCCACCUCUGGAAAACUAGACCAGUGCUCAGAGCCAUUAGUUCGGCCUUCAGCCUUCAAGCCUGUUGUACCCAAGAACUUCCACUCCAUGCAGAACUUGUGCCCUCCCCAGACCAACGGGACCCCAGAGGGACGACAGGGCCCUGGUGGCCUCAAGGGUGGACUGGACAAAUCUCGGACCAUGACUCCGGCAGGCGGGACUGGGGGUGGCCUCUCAGAUUCAGGCCGGAACUCACUAACAAGUCUGCCCACCUACAGCUCCAGCUACAGCCAGCACCUGGCACCCCUCAGUGCCUCCACUAGCCACAUCAACCGCAUUGGCACCAUCAGCUAUGGUAGUGGCAGCGGCGGUGGCAGCAGCAGCGGUGGGGGGUCAGGCUACCAGGACCUGGGGACCUCAGACAGCGGAAGGGCCUCCAGCAAGAGUGGGUCAUCCUCAUCCAUGGGCCGAUCUGGCCACUUGGGAUCGGGGGAGGGGGGAGGCGGAGGCCUGCCAUUUGCGGCCUGCUCCCCUCCCUCGCCCAGUGCUCUGAUCCAGGAGCUGGAGGAGCGCCUGUGGGAGAAGGAGCAGGAGGUGGCAGCUCUGCGACGCAGCCUGGAGCAGAGCGAGGCGGCAGUGGCCCAGGUGCUGGAGGAGCGGCAGAAGGCAUGGGAACGCGAGCUGACGGAGCUGCGGCAGGGCUGCAGCGGGAAGCUGCAGCAGGUGGCCCGCCGCGCCCAGCGUGCCCAGCAGGGCCUACAGCUGCAGGUGUUGAGGCUGCAGCAGGACAAAAAACAGCUGCAGGAGGAGGCUGCCCGGCUGAUGCGACAACGGGAAGAGCUGGAGGACAAGGUGGCCGCCUGCCAGAAGGAGCAGGCCGACUUCCUGCCCCGGAUGGAGGAAACUAAAUGGGAGGUGUGCCAGAAGGCUGGGGAGAUUUCCCUCCUGAAGCAGCAGCUGAAGGACUCUCAGGCGGACGUGUCCCAGAAGUUGAGUGAGAUCGUGGGCCUGCGCUCCCAGCUGCGGGAAGGCCGGGCUUCUCUGCGGGAGAAGGAGGAGCAGCUGCUCAGCCUGAGGGACUCCUUCAGCAGCAAACAGGCCAGUCUGGAGCUGAGUGAGGGGGAGCUGCCUGCAGCUUGCCUCAAGCCUGCACUGACCCCUGUGGACUCGACUGAGCCCCAGGAUGCGCUGGCCACCUGCGAGAGUGAUGAGGCCAAGAUGCGCCGUCAGGCCGGGGUGGCUGCUGCCGCCUCCUUGGCUUCCUUGGAUGGGGAGGUGGAUGCUGGCGGGGAGAACGGGACAAGGGCCCUUCGGAGGGAGGUCGGGCGGCUGCAGGCUGAGCUGGCAGCUGAGCGGAGAGCCCGAGAGCGCCAGGGCGCCAGCUUUGCAGAGGAGCGCCGCGUGUGGCUGGAGGAGAAGGAGAAGGUCAUCGAGUACCAGAAGCAGCUGCAGCUGAGCUACGUGGAAAUGUACCAGCGAAACCAGCAGCUGGAGCGGAGGCUGAGGGAGCGUGGGGCCUCAGGGGGUGCCAGCACACCUACCCCCCAACAUGGUGAGGAGAAGAAAGCCUGGACCCCCUCCCGCCUUGAGCGCAUUGAGUCCACAGAAAUCUGAUCCCCUACCUGGGCAUGUGGCCUUUUGACAAAUGCCCUGUCAAAGGCCAGAGUCCCCAGUAUCGCCUCCCUUCCAUCUCUUUUCCCUGUGUCCCCCAUAUCCCCAGACCAAAGAGGUUCUCAAAGCAGCUGUGAACAGGCUCCUCCUCCCCCCCUCUGGGCAGCCCACUUGAACCCCCCUUCCAAAAAAGGCAUGGGGUGGGAGGAACUCAGAGUGAGUAGGAUUGAGGAGCCCAGGCAGCAGGGGAGCCCAUGCUUCCUUUCUUGGCACUUCCUUGUUGGAGAUGGAGGCAGCAGGCCUGCAGUGCUGUGAGGUGCCCCAGACCCUUGGUGGGUCUAGGCUGCUCCUGUCAGUCAGCCAGCCUGUCCAGUGAUGCUCUCUACGCUCUCCUCCUAGGCUGUGUGGCCUGAGGAGCUGGCGUGGCGUCUGCCGAAUCUGACAGACCUUGGGCUCCUGGCCUCUCUCCUUCCUGCACUGCUCUCCCUCCGUGGGCAGAUGGGCAGGACAAGUGGAGCAGAUGGCCUGCUUGUGGUUGAGAGGGCUACCUGCCCAGCCCCUCCCCCCCAAGGUUUCUUGGGCUCAGGUCUCAGAGCCUGACCUGGUCCUGAGUGUGUGCUCACAUGUGUGUGUUCAGUGCCCAGGGAAGAUCUGCCCUCCUGUUCCUGGGAAGGGUUACCUGGAGGCUUCUUAGCUCUAUCCCACCCUUCUAGCCAGGAUCCACAGGGCAACAGCCUCAUCUGCUUGGCUGACCCCACACCCAGGGCCGCUGUCCGGCUCUAACUACAGCUAAUAAGUGCUACCUGCCUCUCAGGCACUCUCCUCACCCAGUUUCUGAGGUCCUAUGAGUGUCUGUGAUGUCUUCCUGUGUCUUCCCCAACUCAGUUCCUUCCAGCUGCCUCUGCUUUCAUGCUCAGAACAUCAUUGUCCCAGGCCACUUCUCCCCCAAAUCUCAGCUUUUCUUCCAGUAGAAAAUUCUGCUUGAUCUUUGGUGCACUGCCCACUUCCAAGCUCCACUGGGCCCAAGCCUGAGCCCAGCACCCUUGUUUUGGGAGGGUCAGAGGGUGGUGGUUGUGAUUAUCCUUGAAGAACAAGGCUGACCUGAGAGGAACACUGACCCCUGGGGUCCCAGGCCCCUGAGGUAGUCCAGUGUUUGCCCAGGAUGCACCUGGCGUAGCCGCCAGUGGGGGUUGGGAUAUAGCCAGUAUCGCUUCCUCCUCUGAGGCCUUCUCAGAGGUCCAUCUCCCCAAGAUAGGAGGGAAAAGGCAAAUUUCUAAUUCACCAGCAAUAAAAAUUGGAGGAGGCUUGGCCCUCAGCCCUCAUAUUCUCUUUUCACUCUCCUCCCAUCCCCAAGACUGGGUUUUUGGGGGGUCAGGGUGGAGAGAGAGCUGGCAACUACUGUGAGCAAGUCCCCCAAACCCUGACCAGCCUCCUCUCAAGACUGGUGACUGUUUAAUGAGCUGUGCAUCCCCCACAAUAACAGGAGUGCCCCUCCGUGUGGCCUCUGUCCCUCUGCACAGUCCCUUCUGGGUGGCCCUCACCAGGUCUCUGAGCUGCACAAGGGGCCACCCUGGAAAUCACUGCCCAGUCCUCUCGGCCCUCACUGCCCCUGGGCCAGAGGGGCGAGGGGAAGAGAAGGCAUUAGUAAGAAAAAAAAAAUAGAAAAGAAGAUGAACAGACUCAGCUUUGGGACUUCCAACCACAAGAGAAAUUAUAUAUAAAUAUAUAUAUAAAUAUAUAUCUACCAUAUGUGAUGGAAAGACUUCAUUUUCUUUUCCCAAAGAAAUAAAAUGGAGAAAGCCUCUUGA